AACGCAGCAUACGGAGCUUUGAAUUGAGGGUUGAGAAGGACGGUGAAACAAAAAUGGACAUCGAUCGAAAAUAGCCUGGUGAUCUGUGUCAGACUUCUGACGGGCACUUCAUAGAAAAGAAAAGUGAAAGAGGCCAGAGUUCAGAGCCAUGGAGGCUCGCUUUGGGAAUAUUGUGUUUAGCUCCAAGUUUGACUCAGGGAACCUGGCACGUGUGGAGAAGGUGGAGAAAGGCAACUCCAGCCCUUCUUCUGACACACCUUCUAGUGGAAGCUCCUCCUCUGGGUCAAGCCUCACCCCUGAUUAUGAGUUCAAUGUGUGGACGCAGCCAGACUGUGCCGGCACAGAGCACGAGAACGGAAACAGAUCAUGGUUUUACUUCAGUGUGAAGGGGGCAGCACCUGGGAAGUUACUGAAGAUCAAUGUGAUGAACAUGAACAAUCAGAGGAAGCUCUACAGCCAAGGCAUGGCUCCUCUCGUACGCACUUUACCGGGCAAAACCCGCUGGGAAAGGAUACGAGACAGACCAACAUCUGAGAUUGUAGAUAACCAGUUCAUCCUUUCAUUCACUCACCGGCUAUUGGAGGUGAGAGGGGCUACCACCUAUUUCUCCUUCUGCUACCCAUUCUCUUACACAGAGUGCCAGGAGAUGCUGCAGCAGUUGGAUCAGAGCUACCCCAGUGCUGCUCAGCUCAGUCUGAGCAGUACUCCAGGCACUGUGUAUUAUCAUAGGGAGUUGCUGUGCCACUCUCUAGAUGGCAAUAGGGUGGACCUUCUCACUGUGACCAACUGCAGCGGGAUGCAGGAUGAACGGGAAGCCCGUCUGCCUAAGCUGUUUCCUGACACCAACACUCCAAGACCACACCGCUUCCCUGGCAAAAGGGUGUUUUUUCUCAGCAGUCGGGUGCACCCUGGGGAGACUCCCUCAUCCUUUGUGUUCAACGGUUUCCUCAACUUCAUCCUGAGACGAGACGACCCGCGUGCACACGCGCUGCGCAACAUGUUUGUGUUCAAGCUCAUCCCAAUGCUGAACCCAGACGGGGUUGUCCGUGGACACUACAGGACGGAUUCCAGGGGUGUGAACCUGAAUAGACAAUACUUGAACCCCAGCCCCGAGUUACACCCGUCCAUCUAUGCAGCCAAAACACUGUUGCUCUACCACCACACACACAACCGCUUGCAGAAAACACAGCCAAGCACUCAUUCUAACGGCCCCACCCAUACAGAGCCCCCAGCUGCUAACACAAAACCUGCAAAUCAGCAUGAAGCACCUCCCCUCACUGCCCUCGAAGUCACCUUAAACCAACGGAAUGCAGAGAAAGAUGCAAAUCCUGCGCAGCCAGAGGUCCCCAUGAUGAUGGAAGAAAACGCCUGGGCUACCUCAGAGGCGGGGAAGGGAGAUCAGAACAGCUCAUCGAGCUCCACAGAGACUGUAGUUCCAGGUGCUGAAGAUUUAGCAGUACCACAGGUGGAGGAACAGGAGUCGGUGCCACCACAGGAGGGGGGUGUGGCAUAUUAUGUCGACUUGCAUGGGCACGCGUCUAAACGUGGGUGUUUCAUGUAUGGAAAUAGCCUUCCUGAUGAGAGCCAGCAGGUCGAGAACAUGCUGUAUCCGAGGCUGAUCGCUGUGAAUUCUGCCCACUUUGAUUUUCUGGGCUGUAACUUCUCUGAGAAAAACAUGUACGCACGAGACAAGAGAGACGGCCAAUCUAAAGAAGGCAGCGGUCGGGUUGCCAUUCACAAGGCAAUAGGGCUGCUUCACAGUUACACUCUGGAGUGCAACUAUAACACAGGAAAAACCAUGAAUACAAUCCCACCUGCCUGCCAUGACAACGGACGAGCUACCCCCCCUCCACCUCCAUCCUUCCCUCCAAAAUACACUCCAGAAAUAUUUGAACAGGUGGGGCGUGCUGUGGCGAUCUCUGCCCUGGACAUGGCAGAGUGUAACCCUUGGCCGCGUCUGGUGCUUUCUGAGCACACCUGCCUGACAAAUCUCCGAGCCUGGAUCCUCAAGUACGUCCGCAACACCAAAGGACUGAACACACACAUCCAUGCCAACCCUCCUCCACGAAUACACCACAAUGGCAGCAAGGUGUCACCACCAAAGAGCUUUAACAACUGUUUGUCUGGAUCUGCAUCGGAGAACACCCUCAGCCGCGUCCGCUGCAACAGCCAAAGUAGCAGCAGCCAGACACCCUCGCCGAAGAUGCACAAUUCCCCGAGUUUUACUUUUGGGUGCCCCCCACCCCGAACUCACACACAGCACAACGGACGCGGUGGCAACAAAACACUCGGGCCAGUCAGGGACACUAAGCCCCAGGAGAAGAGACGCCCCCCCCAUCACCACCGCUCCAUCCUCCGGUCUCCCAGCAACAGCCACACACCCGCCCGCCCCCCACUCUCACCCCCUUCUUCCUCGUCCUCCUCAUCUUCCUCAGUGUGUGCAGCAGGCUCCUGUCCCCUCCCGGCCUCCGUCAGUAUGACAGGCAUUAGCUGCCCGGACUUUGAGACUGGUGGACCCAGUUCUGCGGUCUGGUCCAGAAUGCCUCUACCUAUACGUCCUGGGCACAUAGGGAGAGGGUGCCGAACUCUUACAAUCACUCAUCCCCCCACAGAAGCCAGUAGAGAGACUGCUAAAGACCAGGGGCCUGAACACAUCCUUUCCUCCAUCAAAUUUAGCAAGUGUGAGCUGCAGCCCCACGUCAGCCGGAUUCCCAUCCGAAGGAUGGGGUCGACUGACGCACCUCCCAAACACAACAAUAAAGCAUCUCCAUCUAGCAAUAACCCACCAGGAGGUAAAGAGGUGUCUGCUACCAUGAAGGUGUGGAAGCUGCUCAGGCCUGGCCUCCACAGACACCUGUCAUUGUCAGGUGUAUCUGAGAAAGAAGCUGCCAUACAGCUGGCCUCUAAAGCUUUAAUGAAGAAAAGCACAGACAGAAGUAUCACGUACAAAGAAAGUGCUAUCAUAGAAAGUGCAGCAGAGGCCAUGGGAACACAACAACAGGUGGAGGAAACUCCAGUGACUGUGCCUGACACUGUGAACAUGUGUGAGACAGUAACCCUGUGUGGAGAAGCCUAGGAAACCGACAGCCUAAAAAUAUCAUAUUGAGCAAUUGAAUACUUCAAAAUGCGAGAGGGGCUUGUCACCAGUGGAGGAUUGGUUGGGGCAUGAUGAUGUGCAAUAUAAAUCUUUUAUGAUUAAUCGUAUUAUUUUUAGCCUUUUUGGGCAACAUUUAGAACCUAGAAUUACCCGUGACAACUACUGAGCAGCUUUUGUUUUUACUGGAAUAGCUGAAGGUUAAGUGCCUUGCUCUAUGACAUUACAUUAGCAGCUGUAUUGGGGGAGUGGUUCAACCUUUCCAUAUUUUUCCAGCUCCUCAAGAAUGCAGACUUGAAACAUCCUUGAACAUUUCAGCUACCAUAAUUGUACCUCACAUUUCCUGUUUUUGUGAUUUAAGUUGCUUUUUUCCGGUCCUUGCUGCUCCCCUCAGAUACCGACCAAUACUGUUAUGCACUGCUAAAUAUUUUAUUAGGCAGCCACUUGUACAAUUACAGGGAAGGGCUGAUUUUUAUUUAGACUCAUAAGCACAACAGCACCUUUAUAAUCUCAUUAUCUCUGUUGUGGAUGUUUAACAAAUGUGAGAUGAGUGUAUUUAUUCCACUUUUGUGCUUUGCACAUACUGUUUAUAAAAUGGUUUUCACCUA